AUUGCUUCUCGGCAACAGGCAAACGAAAACUUACCAACACAAAAUGUCUACCAAAUGCAAUAUCCCGGUGAUCGAUCUACAAGAUUUCCCAAAUCAAUCAUCCAAAUUGAUCGCUGCAUGUGAAGACUGGGGCUGUUUUAGGCUGCUCAAUUACCAACAAGCCCUUCCAGAGACUCUAAUGAUAGAGAUGAAGACAGUGGUCAUAGCACUCUUUGAUCUACCUGUGGAGAUCAAGCGGAGAAACAUCGAUGUCAUCGCGGGUGGAGGGUAUGUAGCUCCCUCGCCCAAAAUUCCGCUGUAUGAGGCGCUUGGUUUACACGACAUGACAUCAUGCAGUGGCGUUGACGGUUUUUGUGCGCAAUUGGAUGCCUCACCUCAUCAAAGAGAUACGAUUAUGAGAUAUGCUGAAGCUGUUCAUGGGCUUAUUGUGGAUAUUGGAAAGAAAUUAGCUGAAUCUUUAGGGGUGAAAAGUGAAAAUAUUGGAUUUGAGAAUUGGACAUGUCGUGCUAGGUUAAAUAAAUACCAUUUCAGCCCUCAAAGUGUUGGAACCACCGGUGGCCCGAUGCACACGGACUCCGGUUUCCUCACUAUCCUCCAAGACGAUGAAGGCGUUGGCGGUCUAGAAGUUAAGAACAAGUCCGGGGACUUCGUCCCCGUGGAUCCAUGGCCAGGCACCCUUCUUGUUAACCUCGGUGACAUGGCAACAGUGUGGAGCAAUGGGAGAUUUUGCAAUGUGAAGCAUAGGGUGCAAUGCAAAGAUGCAAAUACACGAGUGUCUAUUGCAUCGUUCCUUUUGGGACCAGAAGAGAUACUAGAACCGCUAUCGGAACUUGUGGAUGAUGACAAUCCUCGCGUCUUCGUUCCUACCACUUAUGAAGAUUACAGGAAAAUGAGGUUUUCAACUAAGUUGCAUGCAGGUGAAGCUUUGGCACUCUUGCACACACUAAGCUCCUAGAGGUGAGAACAAUGGGGCAAUGGAUGCAAUGGAUUUUACAUGCUAUCUAUAAAUCGUAUUAUGUAUCCCACGUUUCUUUAAUUGUGAGAACUUCUUUUCGGAAAACUCACGGGACCCUACUAAUACUUUACUAACA